AUGCACGACGAUCAGCUGCGCUUCUUCCGCCGCUACACUCGCGUCUUCCCAGCCACGGCGUACGCGCGCCACACGCCGCGAGUCGGCUGCUCCGUGGCGACGGAUGCACGGUCUGCCACUUGCACCUCCCUGUCGAGUGCCGCGAGCCGGACAAGUUGUGUGAGGAUACUGGCGCUGUUGUGCUCCAAAGAGCCGUCGCACGCCACCAGCGCAGACACGACGCCCGAGAAGUGCUCGGCAUCGCCGACGUCGGCACAGUCACUCGCGGUGUCGCGCAAGCGUACACAUGGGGAGUAUGUCGAUGGCAGAGACGCGUCUGCUUCGGAGCAGACCUCUACCGCCUCGCCGGAGCCGCCGCGCGGAGGCGAAGUGAAGCGGGUGAGGUCAGAUCCCGACGGCUUAUCUGCGCCCGCGGAGUCGAGCGGCUCACCGACGACGGUCGCAUCGAGUGCUGCUGUCAAGCAAGAGGUGGAGGCACGCACCACCGUUACCGAUGUUGCAGAAGGAAACGCUGCAGCAGCUGACUCCUGUGACACAACAGAGCAGAAGCCGACUGCGUCGCUCUACGUACGCGUGCAGUACGACAAGGCCCUCAUCACAACGCUGCCCAUCGAGGUGAUGCGAGUGCAGCAUCCGCAGGUGCUCAUCGACUAUCUGCUCUCGAUGUCCGUCUGGGCGUAG